AAAUAACAAAAAAGUUAACUAGUUCUGUAGAAGUGGUGAAUGUCGUUGCUUUCUUUUUGAAAUUCAUAACACAUAUACAGAAAAUUUAUAAAACUUGAAUCUUUCUCCAUAUUUUAAAUAAACCUCAAGUUGAAAAUACAGAGCUUUAUUUUAAAAGUUCUUUCAAGAAUAUCUAACGCUGAGAAAGUGGUCGAAUUAUUCAUAUUUUGUACAGAAUAAUUGAAGGUUAUUUAAAGUAAGUUAAAAUGCUCAAUUGUCUAAAAUAAUAUUAAAAUUAUACAAACUGAUAUCGAAACAUAUUAGUACUUGUAAAAAUAAAGCAAAUUCGUUUACAGAAAAAUCUACACAAUUUAAUACAAAUAUGUCCAUCGACCAGUUAAGUGACCCUCAAAUAGGAGUAAAUUGGGCUCUUUGUAAUUUCUCUGUCAUGAAAACAGUAGCGACUCAUUCAGUCCGGCUGAAGCUUUUGAACCUUUCACCCGUGACCCGCGUUGGCGUUACAACGGAUACUAACGAAUCUAACGAAUAUUCAAACCGUUAUAUUGUUCGUGAAGUGUUUUUGUGUCGAUUGUUUGGAAUGGGUUUGAUAUUAUGACUUAGAUUUAUUUGAAACGGUGCUAAGGCGCAAUUUUUAUGAAGCGAAAACUACGAGCAGCGUCAUUCUACUGUGACGACAUGGAAGAACUUAAUGCUGCAUCGUUGUCUCAGCGAAAAGAAUCAGCUACUUUAUUAAGAGCAGGAAGUGAUGGUCCAACUUUAAAUUACCCAUUUGGCUACCCCUUAGCUCUCGUCCUCAGAUUACGAGUUUUACAGAUUGUAUGCGGUAUUUCAAAAAUAGUGAUGGGGAGUGUAGCAUUCAUUGAAGAGCGUCAGAAAUUAAAUAUGGGUCUGGGUAUCCCCGCUGGCACCUUGAGUGUUUUGGCAGCUGCUAUGUCAAUACACACGACCCGCGGCUGGGGUGCGGUCACAAGCGGAGCGAUUAGCGUUUCAGCGACAGCAGUUUUAUGGACGAUAUCAAUAAUCAUGCUGCUGGCGUUAAUUGUACAGUGUGUUCGGACUUUAUUAGUUAUACCCGAUGAGAGCGAAAGUGUCUAUUCACAAGAUGAAUUCCUGACCUCAUCACGUGAUUUGACCAUAAUCGCAUGCAUACAAAUCACCCUGGCGUUCAUCACACUCUUGAGUGCCCUUGUUUGCGCGCGAAUCGACUUCAGUACCUGACGCGAGCCCUCAAGGCAGCUUACUCGUCGUCGCAUCAGCGAAGCGGCCGCGACUGCUACAACGUCCACACCCAGUGUACCAACUGCUUUAGAUCGCGAAAAACGAGUUGCCUGGCUUACGUAAACAUAUUGUUAUGUAACAAGCGUCUGAUUUCUUUACAAAACUCUAAAAACCAUUUCAGAUUAAAUAAUAAAUACUUUGUUUUUUGUACAUAAUUUUAACAUUGUUAAUAUUACUUAUGGUAGUUAUUAUAUAUUGUUCAUUCAUCAUCAAUGGUGAAAAGAUCUUUAUUCAAAUUUCGUUAAAUGAGUAAAUAUUAUGUAAUUGACGUUUUGCCUACUGGCCACUUUGACCUCUAAUAUCUUCUCUUUGGUUAGGAAUUCCAAAUUCAUAAAAUCAAUUUAUAAAAUGGAAAACAUGAAAUAUCGCGUUAUUUACGAGUACAAAUUUCACCGUGGCACCAGUGCUGCAGAAACGGCUCAAAGGAUUAAUUAUGUGUAUGGCGGCGGUGUCGAAAAAGAAAAAACAGUGCGUUUUUCUCUCCAACGUUGCGUUCUGGAAAUUUCGACCUGCAGAACAAGACCCGUGGACGGCUGGAGACCAAAUUUGAUAACGAAGAAUUGAAGGCUUUUGUUGGAGCGGAUCCAUCGCAAACUAUGUAUGAUUUAGCUGCAGCCUGCGGUGUUGAAGCAAAUCACUUGAAGCAAAUUGUAAAAAAUUCAACUCUUUUGGGGUAGUCGAAACCGCCUUCAACUUUUAUUGAUGCCCGUCCAAAUGGUUUUCUUUAGUAAAGAGUUCAAUGAACUACCUAUAACAUGAGUACCUAUAGCAAUGGUACAUUGAUUAAAUAAAUAUUAUCUAUUUUAAAAAAAACUACUUUUUGUUCCUCACAUACAAAACGCGAAUUUCAUAUGUAACGAUAUAAAACCAAUGAAAUUGAAGUGAGAAAAGACGUCAUGAAACUUAAUACUCUACAUACUUGGCACAAGAUGAGCCUUUGAGUAGGCAUGACGCUAACAAGUUCAUAAUUCAUAUCGCGGUGACUGAGAGACUGUUAUAAUUAAAUAAACGCUAAGCCCCUAACUUUAAUUUUCGUUAUUUGUAUACGGUAAAUGUGGAAAUUUUUCGAGAGUAGGGCUAUAAUAUUCCGACUUUGUAGAUUACUCUUUGUAAUAAGGUUGUUGGUACUUAUUACCUUACCUUAUCUUUAUUUUUAUAUCACUCUAUUACAACUUCUUAUUUGGUUCUCUUUGCCUACAAUAGAUAAGAUAAUAUAAGUUUUAAACGUAUGAAUAUAAAAUACAUUUUCUUGCAAUGUAUACGCUACUUUUAUACUAGAUAUUUCUAACUGUUACGAUAUAAUGUAUCUUGAUGUAAUGUUGUAUAGAACUUCGUAUAGCGUAAGAAUAUGGACAACACAAUUGUAUACAUUUAUUUAUAAUAAAGAAAUGUAGAUUUUUUUACACGGCCUACAAUUCUGAACCCUAGUCAACGUCACAGAAACCUUUUUUUAAGAAGGGAAAUGUGCGGGAAAUGUUUAAAAUACCGUACCAAAAAGCAUAGCUUGUGUCAAUUAAAGUCAAAGAGUCCUCCAGCUAGCCGAGGGGUAAAUUUCACAAUUGCCUGACGCAGCUCAAAGUAAAGCAAACAAUUAUUCGGUUGUAGAAUUCAAUUGCAACUUUAAAUACAAAUUCAUGUUGUUGUUAAAGAGUCUAUAGAUUUAAGGCUUUGAUAUGUCAUUAGAUUUAUUUAUUAUAACAAAUUUCCCUAUUAAAUGGACAAAGUAUAGAUCUUACAAUUAUAUUUACAAAAAAAAAUCGGUUGUCUGUAAAGUCGGUUUACUGACGGUAGUUGAACGUGACAACGUCAUAAAAAA